AUGGGCCAGACUGCGGGUCUCCGGAACUCUGCUGCUGAAAUCAUCCGAUCUGAUGAAAGGCAACGUACGAAGCUCCCACACUCGACAAGAAUUACGUGCACGACGUACUCGCACACGCUGAUCAUGGCCGCCCUCAUCUCCCGCCGUCUGUUUUCCACCUCGACCCGUCGGUUCCAGAGCCACGUGCAGGAUGAGCUGAGGAAGGAGACGAAGCAAAACCCGGAGCUUUGGGUGCGUGCGACGAGCAACGCACGAGCGGAUCGUGUCGCCGCGGAAGCUAACAUUGGGCCGCAGAUCCUCGGUGGUGUCAUGGUUGCCGCCCUCGGCGGUGCCGGUUUCUACUUUGGCCGCUCGCCGACGGGCGCCACGUCGGAGACGCGAGUCACCAUAGCCAAGGACGGGAUGCCGUGGGAAGGCGACUCGAGUCUCGGCAAGUACAAGUACCACCCCGGUGGCGACAUCACAAAGGAGCCCAAGGAAGCGCCCAGCGCGCUCAACGUCGUCGUCGUGCCCGGCGUGACGCUUCCCAAGGAGCUUCACGACAAGUACAACAAGUGGGGCAAGGAUGGCUAUCCUUGA